AUGUCUACAAAACAAACCCAACAUGUCAAUAAGGAAAUAUUUGGAAGUAAAUGUUUUUCUGCAUCUAAUCUACACAAUCGGUGGGCACAGUGCGCGAUUAUUAAUCUGAGUACGGUUACACCUGCAUACGGUGGUUGUCGGUUGAAUUUCGAGGAAUCGGUCCAAUUGUGUGUUCAUUUCCGUUACUUUGAGACCUAUGUGAAUAUGGAUAUUAGAAGAAGGACAACAUACCUCUCUAGAGGUAUCGAUGGUCGUCCGUCGCACAAUUACAGGUCAUUUUUCCAAUCAGCUCAAAGGAAGUAUUACAAUGUUGAUCCUGAUAGUGGUAUUCGCGUAGUUGGGCCAAUGUUCGAAUUGACUGCGUGUGUGGAAUUAAAGGGAGAUGAAGACGAUUUUGAAACCAUGUAUCCAGAUACAUCUCUCUCAUUCGGUCCAACUAUCUGUUCCUUCGGUUUGAAGUAUAAUGACCAUAAUUACGCUCUUCCAUCAGGCUUAACGCCUCCUUCAAUGGCCCCUCAUUUAAUGGAUCUACAGAUACCGAAAAGCAAAUUCCCAGAUAGCCAAUCAAGUAAUUUAUUUUCCAAAAGUCUCUUCGCUCAAAAGUCAAGUUCUAAGUUUACUACUGGAGACAUUCAAAGACAAGGUACUGACAAGCAUUUCGACAAACAGGGUGCUCCAUCUUCAAAACGCUUUACAACUGAUGAAAGUGAUGGCAAAAAGCAUUCUGAUGGACCAUGGGAAUUGCAGUCUGAAGACUCCGAAGAUAAAACUUCCAAUACCGAUUCCAAAGAUAAUUAUAUGACUUCUCGUUAUAGUUCACAAGUCCCAAACUAUGAACAAAUGGAAUUACGUUGCGAACCUGAAUUAAAGGUCAUCGAAGUGCCUGAAGAGCUUGCAGUUUCACCUUCCCAACUAAGUGAUUUGGAUAGUGACACGUCAGAUGGCGAGUAUGUAAAUAAAAUUAUCAUCCCUACUUCUGAUGGAUCAUAUGUUCAACAAUCAGAUGAUAACACAUGGACGGCUAGUAAUGCAUGGACUGAUGUUCGUUGCAUUUGUGGUCACUCUCAAAUAAAAUCUGGAUUAAUUCGAUGCCCGAAAUGCAGUGCUUGCCAACAUGUACAGUGUAUGGAGUCGUAUUACAAUGUAACUAUGCCUCGUUUGAGUGAUGGUUACACAUGUAAUCUGUGUAACAUUGAUAAUAUGGAAGGUCGAACUUCGCCUAAGAAUCCAUCAGAUAAAAAUCUUGCAGUGAAUAAAGAUGGUGUAAACGAUCCGGCUGCUAAUUCAUCUGCUGAGGGCAACGGUGGAACUAAGUAUGUUGAACUUGCAGCCGAUAGAGCGAAGCGAUUGGGUUUGCUGUCAAAUACGACACUGGAAUGUGAUUGUCCCACACAUCCUAGUUCUUGGCCAGGUCAUCGUGCAAAAGAACAUGAUGCUUCUGGACGUUCUGGAUGGGCACCUGUGAAUUGGGAAAAAUUGACUGAACUUUCUCGUUCUGGUCGCAGACAUCCUGGUGAUACAGAUGUAAAUCUUAGAAUGCCUUCACCUCCAAGAGCAUCGAAACGGAAACAGGAUCUGACUUCCACAUCAUAUAAUGAUGCAGAAGUUACAGCAGUUGAUUCAACCUCUGAGAGAAAUUCUAAUGCUGCCGUUAUGGUGCCAAAUAGUGGAGAUGAAUUGUCUUCUGUUGAUGGAACACCUGUUAGUACUCCAACAAAUACUCCUGUAAAAGCAGGGCCUUCCCAUCCAAACACCCCUGUCACUCCAGGUACACCUGUUAGUACUCAUACUGCUGCUACCACCGGGCACAGCAGUCCUCCCAAUACAGAUAGUAGUAGUCCACGUCGUCCUAAAUCAGGUACUAAUAAUAAAGUCAGGAGAGUGCUAUUUUCUGCUGAUGGAUCUCCUUCAUCUAAACGUCGUUUCGAUUCACGAACUAAUCCUCUUGGCGCUGCAUGGGCUAAAGAUUACCAAGAAGCUGAAAGUAAUGUAUAUACGAAAGCUUUACUAGAACGUGUUAACACUAGAAUAUCUGCUAACGCUGAACGAAACCAUAAAAUACCACCAACAUGCUUAACUCGAAGUUCACUUUGUCGAGUUGUGCUUUUCGAUCAUAAUGAAAAGGGUUUAGAAGCAUCGAUUAGACUAGCACCGAAUGAGGUUGUAACAGAGGUUCGUGGUCAUUUCUUGCUAUUAGAAGAAUAUGAACAUUAUGUGGAUCCCGUGUCUUAUUAUAACCGUUAUGUUAUGUUUUACCGUGGAUUUGGUGAUCGUGUAAUUGUUGUUGAUGCCAGUCUAUAUGGGAAUAGUGCACGCUUUGUUCGACGUUCUUGCAUUCCAAAUUGUAGACUUGAACAUUAUAUCGUGCAAAAUAAACUUCAAAUUGUAAUUCGUACAUCAGUUGAAAUAAUGCCUGGCACUGAAUUGACUAUACCGUUCGACUUGGACUACCGAGCUUGUCGUUAUGCGGUGGAUUGUGCAUGUGCAAGAUCUCGUUGUCCUGUCCUUAAGUGGCGGCGCAAGUUGCUUCGUAACAAGGUGGUGCCUAACUUAGAUUAUAAUAAAUAUAUUCAAUCACAGCUCCGUGUACUUUCAAAAACUUUAUCACCACACGAAAGUUCAACUCAUCGACGAUAUGAUUCAGGUGGUGGUUUAUCAGCCUCCCCACUGGUAAAAUCAUCUACUUCAGCAAAUAACCACACUAUGUUCACUAUAAAACCAUCAUCAUCAUCUGUCAAUUUUCGUAAAGAAAUUGAAUUCUCCAAAUAUAACAAUGAUUUACAUCAAACACAAAAAUCUAAAAAUCAAGAUCAAAUUCAGACAAGUGCAGAGAAAGCGAAUGUUGUUGAUCAAGAGAAUGCUUCUUCUGACAAUGUUAAUCAACCUGAAACUUCUAAAGAGAUAAAUAUAGAUUUAGAUGCUUCAGCAGAUAAAAAUACUACAAUUACGGAUGAAAAUCAAAUACCUGAAACUUCGAAUUCAAUGGACAACUUGACGGAUACUAAUAAUUCUAAAACCUCUCCAACUAAAUUAAAGGAUUCAUCAAAUCGAAAGUCACAAAGUGUAAAUGAAGAAAAACAGCCUUUUGAACCUAUUAUUACAACAAGAAAACAAGCUGCAGCUAUUAAAAGUGGUAUGCGAUGA